AACAACACAUGACUUGUGUUUCAUUGAAAUGUAAACAAAAUAUUUUUAAAAAUGUUUUGUCAAAGAAUUGUUAAGUUGAAGACAUCACCACAACAUUUGUUGAGACAAAUGAGUACAAAGUUAGGUAUCGCUGGCGUCAAGAAUGUGGUCCUCAUCUCAUCGGCCAAAGGAGGCGUCGGUAAGAGUGCGACAACUGUUGCAUUGGGAACAGCUCUCAAACAUAUUGAUCCGAGUCUUCAAAUUGGUAUUCUUGACGCCGAUGUAUUUGGUCCGUCCAUUCCAAGAAUGAUGGCUUUGAAAGGACAACCAGAGGUCACUAAACAAAAAUUGAUGAAACCAUUGACUAAUUUUGGUAUUAAAUGUAUUUCAAUGGGUUUUCUUGUUGAAGAAGAGUCAGCAAUGGUUUGGAGGGGUCUAAUGGUUAUGUCUGCCAUUCAGAAACUUUUGUUUGGUGUUCAAUGGGGACCAUUAGACUAUCUUUUAAUAGACAUGCCUCCCGGCACGGGUGACACACAACUAUCAAUAGCGCAAAGUAUACCUAUAAAUGGCGCUAUAGUUGUGACCACACCUCAAGACAUUGCACUUAUGGACGCCCGAAGAGGUGUAACAAUGUUUACUAAAACAAAUGUUCCCGUUUUGGGUAUUAUCCAAAAUAUGAGUGUAUUUGUAUGUGAAAAUUGUGGACAUGAAUCUCAUAUAUUUGGAGACAAUGGCGCUAAGAGUUUAGCCAAUGAGUUAAAUGUUGAACUUUUAGGUGAUAUUCCUCUGGAUGUGAAUAUUAGAAAGUGUUGUGAUAGCGGACAACCAUUUGUUUUAAUGUAUCCAAAGAGUAAGUGCACUGAAGUUUAUUUACAAUUAGGUCAUAAAAUUAUUAAUAAA